AUGUUGAGGUCUGGUAAUGGAUCUGCGUCAGUGAUCCGCGACCGAAUGGAGGAGAACCUAGCAUCAUCGAGUCCAAAGAGAAACUUUUGGACUUUUGAAUCUUCUCUAUCUCUUUCAAUAUCGGCAGCUGCUGCACAUGUGCACGCACCAUCUUCAUGGUACGGUAUCAUCUCCGGUAGGACCCUCUGCUCAAACGAGUCAAGAGGAAACUUCUCGUGCGCAACCGGAGACUGCGAAUCCAACAAAAUCGAAUGGCCCGGUUCAUAUGGUUGGUCUACGGUGACUUAUAUCUACUUUAGAAUUGAUUACAGCGGAACCAACAGCUACUUCAUCAGUCUUGAGUACGGUUACAACCUUCCCGUGAUGGUUGUCCCAUCACAUAGUAGCCCGACAUGUUUCAGCUCAGGUUGUAUGGUUGGCUUGAACAAGACGUGUCCAAAUAAACUCAUGAUAUACGACGGGAUAAUACCAAUCGCUUGUAGUAGCGCCUGCAAAGAAUCGAGUACACAUGAAAACUGUUGA